AAGGAGGAGGAAGCUUCGGCUCUCCACGGGAUGCAGGCCAAUGGGGCGAAGGAGAUGGGUGCUGCGCUAGAUCCUGCUACUGCAGCUGAUUCUCAGGCAAACAAGGAAGCGGCUGAUGAAUGUUCUGUUUUUGUUGGCAAUGCUGAUUGUUACUCCCCAACGUCUCUGUAUAUAGGUGCUGGAAAUGUUACAAUGUAGAUUGAGGGUGGUCAAUGUAGUGUGAUGUAUCAUUAGCUGUCACUAGAGACAGAAUAAUGUGUUUGUGUGCUCAAAAAAAAAAAAAAAAAGUUGAAAGGUUGAAGGAAAAAAAAAUCUCACAUAUCAAAAGAAAAGAAAACGAAUUGAAAAAAAAAGAAAAGAAGAAGGUACUUUCAAUAGAUGAGAUGAUUUAUUUAGGAAAAAAAAGAAGCGGAGUGAAUUUCACAGUAGAUAUUCGAAGAGAAGGAUGGAGAAGGAGGAGGUAGGAUGUGAGUUAUGAGGCUUCAUCUUCAAUACAGGAGAGGGCUGCAAAUGCCUUUGAAGAGGAAAGGAAAGAUGGGUUUACGACUGUAGUUGCAGGGCUUCUCUGCUGCUGGAUGCUGUUGUUUGGUGCCUAUGUAGCAAAUGCGGUUGAUUAUGCAUGCACACCUGAAGAAGUACAGCAGCAUUUCGAAUCAUGUGGCACAGUUAACAGAGUGACUAUACUGACAGAUAAAUUUGGCCAACCAAAGGGUUUUGCCUAUGUGGAAUUCCUUGAAACAGAAGCUGUUCAAAAGGCUCUUCUUCUGAAUGAAUCUGAGUUGCAUGGUCGGCAAUUGAAGGUUUUGCCUAAAAGGACCAAUGUUCCUGGAUAUAAGCAAUUCCGCCCUAGACGUUUCAAUCCGUAUAUGGGUUACUGCAUCAGGAGGCCUUAUGUACCUCCUUACUUCUAUUCGCCCUAUGGAUAUGAGAAAGUUCCCAGGUUCAGAAGGCCAGCACGAUACAUGCCCUACUAGUAGAAGACUUUUCAUCUGACUGAUGGCCUGAUGGGUACAUCAUCCAAUAUAACUAUAUAAGACCAUUAUAUUCAGUUGAAUGGUUGUUUUUGCUUCACCUGGUAGUUCUAGACAGAAAUUAUUGUGGAAGUAGUGCAACUAUAACCGUACUUACUGUUGUUCAACAAUGUGAUUGUGGAUUAUACUCUCGUGUUCAAUGUGAACUAGCUAAUGGUUUCCUUGUGGACAUAUUGUAGUAUAUUACAUUCUGUUUUGUUUUGUUGAUUUUAUGCCCUGCUAUGCGUGUGCGAA